AUGUCGAAGUUGGUGAGCGGAUUUUGUUCUGUUUCGUUCCGUAGGAUUGUGACCAGAAAUCUCGUCCAUCGGCCUAUCAUAAACAGAUUUAGGCCGAUAAUAAGAACUCCGUUGAGCCCACUGAGAAGGCAGUUCAAUCACCAAUCGGGGAUCUGGAACAAGCACCAGGGAAACCCAGACUCAGAAAUCCCAGAUGAAUCAAAGGCCAAAGAACUUCUAUUUCAACUGAAGGCUAUUUGGAAGGAUGAAAAUCUUUCUGUCUCGGACAAACAGGGCCUGCUGAAAGUAUUGUUUGAAAAAUACGAGGUAAACUCCAUAAACGACCCAAUAAUUACCAAACUGACGAAUGAAAUGCUUCAGGACAAAGAUGUUACCAAUGCAAGUGAACGCUUCGAAAAUAUUCAAAAACUCCACAAUAGUUUGCUACAAUUUCACCAGGCCAACAUCAGUAAACAAUCUGAGAAAACUGAUGAUUCAAAGAACAAGAAAGAGGAAGACGAUGAGUUUUUUACCUCCCUGUUCACAAAGGGUGGUGAAAAACAAGGUAAUAAAGGCCAGAAAGUUUUUGUUGCCACAAUCCGUCCAGAUAUGAUUUUGUUGUAUCUGGUUUCGUUCGGUCUCUUAUUUUACGUCCUUAGUUCUGAAUCACACGAGAGAGAAAUCACUUAUCAGGAAUUUCGUUCUAACUUGCUGGACAAGAAUUUCGUUGAAAAGUUGAUUGUGGUCAAUAAAAAGUAUUGUUACGUCAUUUUAAACCAAAACGGAAGGCAGCAACCUUUUCACAAUAACAACGUUGAAUACUUUUUCAGUAUCGGUUCUCUGGAAAAUUUUGAACACAAGUUAGAUGAAGCACAAGAUGCAAAUAAUAUCAGCGCUGAAUUCCGAGUUCCAGUAGUCUACGUCCAACAAGGAAGCAUUUGGAGAGGUGUUUUCACAUUUUUACCAACCAUUUUGAUGUUAGGAGGCCUUUAUUGGAUUACAAAGAAGACUGCUGCUUCAGGUGGCCUUGGAGGAGGAAUUUUUGGAGCGGGUAAGUCUAAGGCUAAAAAGUUCAAUAUCGAUAAGGAUGUCAAAAUCAAGUUCGAUGACGUUGCUGGAUGCGACGAAGCAAAAGAGGAAAUAAUGGAGUUUGUCAAGUUUUUGAAGAACCCUGCCAAAUACGAAAGGCUAGGAGCUAAGAUUCCAAGAGGUGCCAUUCUUUCCGGUCCCCCAGGUACUGGUAAGACCCUUUUAGCAAAGGCCACAGCUGGUGAAGCUGGUGUUCCGUUCUAUUCGGUUUCUGGUUCUGAGUUCGUGGAAAUGUUUGUGGGUGUUGGAGCUUCAAGAGUUCGUGAUCUUUUCAAAACAGCACGAGAAGAUGCUCCUAGUAUCAUUUUUGUUGAUGAAAUCGAUGCUAUUGGAAAAUCUCGUUCAAAAAACUCAUUUUCUGGAUCCAAUGACGAAAGAGAAAACACACUGAAUCAACUUUUGGUUGAAAUGGACGGAUUUUCAAACACUGAUCAUGUUGUAGUUCUUGCUGGUACCAAUAGAAGUGAUGUCUUAGAUGCUGCUUUGCUGAGGCCUGGAAGAUUUGAUAGGAAAAUUCAUCUAGAUAAUCCAGAAUUGGAGGGGCGUAAAGACAUCUUUGGCGUUCAUUUGAAGAAGCUCACCCUUUCAGCCGAUGAAGAUAUGGAUGAUUUGAAGGGGAGACUUGCUACUUUGACACCAGGGUUCAGUGGUGCUGACAUUGCAAACUGCUGUAACGAAGCUGCUCUUAUUGCUGCCAGAAACAACGCAACUCAUGUUGAAUUGAAGCAUUUUGAAAUGGCCAUUGAGAGAGUCAUAGCUGGAUUGGAAAAGAAAUCUAAGGUUCUAUCGCCACCAGAGAAACGGAAUGUGGCCUACCAUGAAGCAGGUCACGCUAUCUGUGGUUGGUACUUGGAACACGCCGAUCCUUUGCUGAAAGUUUCUAUUAUUCCUAGAGGUUCUGCUGCAUUGGGUUACGCUCAGUAUCUACCUGCUGAUAUCUAUUUGUACAGCUAUGAUAAACUGAUGGACCGGAUGGUUAUGGCCCUAGCCGGUAGAGUUAGUGAAGAAUUGCACUUUAGUUCUGUUACUAGUGGUGGAUCAGACGAUUUUGAAAAAGUUACGGGGAUUGCUCAGAAAAUGGUUCUCGAGUGUGGUAUGAGCCCUAAAGUUGGCUUGGUUAAUUUCAAUCAAGAUAGAGGCAACGACAUGACCAAGCCUUUCAGUGAUAAGACAGCCGAGCUGAUUGAUCAAGAAAUCCACCGAAUCGUUUCCGAAUGCUAUGAACGUUGUACGAAGUUACUGAAGGAGAAAGCCCAACAAGUGGAGUUGGUUGCCCAAGAAUUGCUCAGUAAGGAGGUUAUAACUAGAGAGGAUAUGAUCAGAUUGUUGGGACCUAGACCAUUCCCCAACAAGAAUGAUGCGUUUGACAAGUAUUUGGCAGAAAAGCAAGUACGAGACGACAGUAAGAAAGCCAAGGAAAGCGACAAUGAAACCAAGGAUGGUGAAAAAUAG